UUAAGUAUAAUGCAGAGAUUACGAUAUAAUCUUGGGAAGCAUCACUUUUUGACCAACGUUUUGAGUCGGGAUCUUUCUCUCUCUAUAUAUAGUCAUUUCUCAAUCUUCAUUUUUAACACACUCUCAAACCUCCAAAUUCUUGAUCAAAAUCACAUCUGAACUGAAAGAAAUGAAUGCAAAAGGCAGUAGCAGCGGUGCAGGAAAGAGUGGUGGUGAUGGUGGAGGAAAGAGCGGUGGCGGUAAUGGAAACAGUGGAGGAGGAGGUAACAUCAUGGUAGCACCAGGUUCAAAGGGAGGUGCAUACAUCUCAAGAGGUGGAUUUGAGAGUAACCCUCAAGGUUACUUUAGUAAUCUGCAUGGUAGUGGACAGAGCAAGAAGUGAGUGACGAUGACUACAACAAUCAAGCAUGAGCCAUCUUCUUUCAUCUUAUAUUCUAGUCUAGUUCCUUAAUAAAAAAUGCAAUGAAGUUCAAAUAAAGUAUUGAAUAAAAAUGAAUUUUAUCUUUA